AUGCAUGAAAAAGUAAUUGUUGGACGAGUGUAUCGUCUGUUUGAUCGCAAAAAUGAAGAUAAAGCCAUUGAACGAUUUAUUGAAGAAAUUGAAAAACAUGAUAUAUUCAAAGGCGAUAAUUUAGAAUCGAUUCUAAACGCAUUAAAUAAUGAAAACCAUUUAAUAAAGUUUAGUGUCAACGUAGCUCCUAGCUACCUAUAUGUUUGGUCUAAAUCCACUAAGUUUUAUCUCGCUUGGCCUUAUUCUUGGACUGCAGAUAG